ACUCAGAUUAAAAAAGCACAGCACCAAGGUUUCUCUUUCCUCUCAUUAGACGCACAAUAUUCUAAGAAGAGAGAGACAUUGUGCCAUGUUAAAUGCAAAGUCUUCUUCCUCUGAAUUUCCCCUUUCACAAACCCAAGACACAUGAAAAUGCAACCAUAACCUCCAUUUUUUCUCCGACCUCAGUUUCUCCAAAAACUUCAGAUCUUUCUGUGAGAACUGAAAAUCCCACAUUGAUCUUCGCUAGUUGAAACGUGAAAAUGAGAGACUUUGUUACUUGCUUCAGCGAGAACGCUGUAGGCGUGUCUCAUUCUUCAAUCUCGUGUUCUUCUUAUUCGAACAACGCAUGCAUCUCUCCCUCCAACGUUGCACCCUCCACCCAGAACUCUGUUUCCAGCGUCUACAAGCUUGUUCUCUCCACGUUAAAGCAAAUUCUGGUCACAGUCUCAUGGUGUAGGAGCCACUCCAACCAAGGACUCGCCAUAACCUUCAACCACGAGGACCCUCCACCCUUUAGACUCAACACCACCAAUUCACGUUUUUUCAGGAAGAAAAAGGGCACCAAAAUCCUCGAACCCUUUUCUUCUGACUCGUCCAAGGUCGAAAUUUUGUGGGAUCUUUCAAACGCCAGGUACGAAUCCGGCCCCGAACCCGUUCAAGGCUUUCACCUUGUGAUCAUCAUUGACUCGGAAAUUGGCCUGGUUCUCGGUGACACCGCUGAAGAAACAGUUCUUUCCAAGAAGCUCAAUUUCAGAAGCAACAACAUAAACACGGGUUUGGCUAAGGUUUCUCUUUUGUCACGAACAGAGCAUUGUUCUGGGAGCACCCUUUACUCGACCAAGGCUCAGUUCUGCGACACCGGCACGUGCCACGAUGUUAUGAUCAGAUGCAGUAUGGAGAAGGAGAAUGAAGGGUUGUUCAAGUCACCGGUUUUGUGCGUGUGCAUAGAUAAGAAGACCGUGAUUCGUGUGAAGAGGCUGCAGUGGAAUUUCAGGGGGAAUCAAACGAUUUUCGUUGAUGGGUUGCUGGUUGAUUUGCUUUGGGAUGUUCAUGACUGGUUCUUCACCCCUUCUUCUUCUUCAUCUUCUUCUGGGUAUGCAGUGUUCAUGUUCAGGACUAGGAGUGGCAUGGAUAGCAGGUUGUGGUUGGAGGAAAAGAAUGCACAGAAAGAUAAAGACAGGGUUGAAUUCUCCUUGUUGAUCUAUGCAUGUAAGACUACAUAAAGGAACUCAAAUUGUUCUUCUCAUUCGCUUUUUCUUAACUUCUUUUUUCGUCUCUUUAGUUUUUCCUUGCCUUAACUCUUCUUUUCUUUCCUUUCCUCUCGUAAGGAAACAUACCCUUUUUUUCUAAGAGAAACACAAUAAUUUUCAGCAUCAGAAGUUUUAGUUAUACAAGAAAAAAUUGUAUUUUUCUCCCUAGUUUAGUUUGGUGUCGAAACUGUCAAACUCUGGCAAACCAUCUUUGAUAUAUCUGUCAUGUAAUUUAGAAUCCAUAACCUUUGAACUC